AUGACCCCUAAGGAAGGUACGGGGGUAACCCCGUUCCACCUUGUGUACGACGAUGAAGCGGUCAUCCCGGUCGAGGUCAGAGUCGAGCCCAAUCGAAUACAACACUACAACGAAGACAACACCCAGCGGAGGCUUCUAGAGCUAGACUUUGUGGAUGAGACGCGCAACAAGAUAGCCAUUCGGUUGAUGGCUUAUAGGCAGAGGAUGAGACAAAACUACAAUCGACGGGUGUUCCCUAGGUUGUUCCAGGUCAGCGACCUCGUGUGGAAGAAGGUGAAGUCGGUCGGUGACGUCACUAAACUAGAAGCUUCGUGGGCUGGACCAUUUAAAGUCGUGGAGAAGCUCUGCUCAGGAUUGGAAUGA